GUUGUAUAAGUGGGUUUUUUUUUUGAAAUGAAUGGUAAGUCCAAUGCACAUCAAAGAUGUAGAUAGUUUCGCUCUUACAUGGAAGGAAAAUUUUUAGACGAAAAUGGCCAAGAGUUUUGUAAAUUUAUUGUCCCUACUGAAUAUUGUCCUGGGGUUGAUUUGAUUAGCAAGAUCGUUUUAUCUGAUUCACGAAUCGUUAACGCCAUAACUAUAUCAAUCGUUAAAGCAGAAAAAGAUUCAUAUGUUGCUGAACUCCUAGGAUUCAUGCAUCAAAAUUAUGGUGCUGUCCUGUAUACUCCUCAUAAUUUUGAGACUGAUUUGCCUCCUAUAGUCAUAAAUAUUAUUGAUACCUUUGAAGAAAAGAAAUUCAAUCAAAUCAUUCAACAAUGCACCAACAUUUUUGAACAAUAUAACACUCUUCCUAUUUGUGUGAUCAUCGUUGUCCAGCAACUUGAUGAAAAAAUUAUCGAGCAAAGCUCGCAGCACCACGAUCUCCCACUUCUUAGAGAAAUACCGUGUGCAUUUUGGGCAAAGCAGUGUAUUAUAAUGUCAUCAAAAGAUAUUAAGCUCAACAAGAGUGAAGUAAAACACCAUCCAUUAUUGGAUAUUAUAAUUGCCAUUACGAGCAAUGAGAAAGUUAUAUUAUGUAAUGAUAGCUUAUAAUAAAACAGCAU